GUCUGCCAUACACUACUCAAAUUCUCGUCUAAACUCGCACUUACCUAGUUCUUUGUCUGUGAGACCCAGUUCUGCCUCCUCCAAUACUCCAGAAUACAAAUCAACUGGCAACAACUUCCUCUCUUUGCCCCCCGCAGAGCGCUUUUCCGGUUAUUGUUUAGGCGAUGAGCGCCAUUCUCUCCGCGGAUGACUUGAAUGACUUCAUUUCACCGGGCGUUGCAUGUAUUAAACCCAUAGAAUCCAUUCCUGCUGAGAAGCAGAAUGGCGAGCCGAAUCCGUAUGAAGUCACGACGGAAGACAAAGUCGCGGCCGCAAACCCCACUCCGGCACAGAUAUCCUUGACCGAUUGCCUCGCAUGCUCUGGCUGUGUCACAUCUGCGGAGGCCAUUCUCGUAUCACUGCAGUCACACCAAGAAGUGCUGGACACACUGGAUGCUAACCCCUCCCUCGACCCCUCCGAUCUCGUUUCUGGCUCCAGGACAGCCGAAUAUCAUGACCACACACAAAAUGGGGCAAAUGGAGUUUCCAAUGGUGUAUCUGAAGGAAAGCUGUUCGUCGCGAGCGUCAGCCCGCAGGCCAAAGCCAGCAUCGCCGCUGCCCAUGGCAUCUCCUUCUCCGAUGCCGGACACCUAAUCGAACAACUUCUCUCCGGGCCCAAUGGCGUGAAGACGGGAGGGAAGCACCACAGCAGUUUCGCCUGGGUGAUUGACACCAACGCGCUCCGCUCCGCAUCCCUUGUAUUGGCCUACGAGGAAGCCAAUUCCGCUACUUCCACUUCCUCCCCGAAACGACCCGUCCUCGCCUCGGCCUGUCCAGGCUGGAUCUGCUACGCCGAGAAGACCCAUCCGCAACUCCUUCCGAAUCUCUCAGCCGUCAAAUCCCCGCAGUCUCUCUCUGGCGCGUUGCUGAAAUCCGUGCUCUCCAGGGCAUACGGCAUCCCGCCGUCCCAAAUCUGGCAUCUCGCAGUAAUGCCAUGCUUCGACAAGAAACUCGAGGCCUCCCGCGGCGAGCUCACCUCCGACGCCUGGGCACCCGACUCCGCUCCCCCAUCCGAUCCCGUCCGCGACGUCGACUGUGUCAUCACCCCCCGCGAACUCCUCCAGGUCGCCUCCCUCCGCAACCUCAACUUCGCCACCCUCCCUCCCCAACCCGUCACUCGUCCCCGCUUCCCCGACCCCACCCUCUCCGCCUUCCUCUUCCCACCCUCCCACUCCAACCGCGGCGCCCCCGCCGACCCCACCGGCACCUCUGGCGGCUUCCUCUCCCACAUCGCUAAACGCGUCGCCGCCUCCACCCCCGGCAGCCGCAUCCGCGUCGACCGCGGCCGCAACGCCGACGUGCUCGAUAUCGUCGUCGAGGACCGCGACGGCCGCACCGCGUGGAAAGGUAUGCGGUGCUACGGGUUCCGCAACAUUCAAAACCUCGUACGGAAGAUGAAGCCGAAGACGAACCGGUUGCUGGGUGCGCGGAAGGCGCCGGUGCGGAAGCGCGAGGGGGAUGCGGCACCUGGGAGCGAGUAUGCGUAUGUGGAGGUGAUGGCGUGUCCUGGGGGUUGCACGAAUGGCGGGGGGCAGAUCCGCGUGACCGAGUUGCAGGAGCUGGGGUUGAGGGAGGGGGAUGCGGAGGGGCGGACCGUGGCGGGACCGAAGGAGCAGAGGGAGUGGUUAGCGAAGGUGGAUGAGGCAUACUUUUCGGCCGAGUCAGAUUCCGAAGAGCAGCGAGGAACGACGGCCAACGGUGAUGCGAUGGAGAUCGAUCCACCGACGGAGCGGAUGACCAGCAAUGGGCAUGCGCUGAACGGCCAGGCACCAGUCGAUGCGAGCGAUGUCGAUGCGGACGUCGUCGACGGCAUCUCGAGGACGUACAUCCUGAGCGUUCUGGACCACUGGACGUCCCUAACCGGCGUGCCGAUCGAGAAACUGGCAUUCACGACCUACCGGAAGGUGGAGAGCGAUGUAGGAAAAGACAUCACCGAUACCCAGCGGGUUGCCGGGCUGGCCAGCACCAUUGGCGGCGGGUGGUGAGCGAAUUAUUGGAGGCAUAUAGGUACCAUGGGCCACCGACUUUGGAGGGGUUUUGCAGGAAUAGAGGCGUUGAGCGGAUAUGAUGUUUGAGGAACGAGGACUUGGAUGGGUUACAGCGAGCAUUGAGAACGAGGAUUCGCUCGCGAGCUGACGAGUGGCGGAUUGUGCAAGGAAACGAUCUGAUCAGUCAGGGAUAUCAUGUCACCUUUAUCGACAAACAUGGACAUAGCCGCACACUUGUAGUCUGAACGUCUAAGGACCAGCAAUGAUACCCCGUUUCUUGCAUCAACACUACAAUCCAACAGAGAUGCGCCCAGAUUUCUCACCGCUCACAUAUCAAAGACAUAGUCCAUGUCGUCUCACAUCAAGAAACCAAUCGUGAAAUCCCACAGCCCACAGCAACCCGGAAGAACUCUCCCCGCGUCGCAAAUCCCAAUUCAUAA